AUGGAUCCAUCGUUCAAUCCCAAACCCACCUCCCCGAUCCGACAGACCACCAACGGUAUCGUUCUCGGACACGAGGGGGCAGGGGUUGUACAAUCAAUGGGAUCAAAGGUUACAUCGCUGCAGAUAGGCGAUCGCAUCGGCUGGAGCUACCUCCACGGCAGCUGCCAGACAUGCAAAUACUGCCAUUCCGGCGACGACCUGUACUGCACCCACCGUCGUAUCUACGGCGAAUCAAACACGCACCAAGGAUCGUUUGCUUCGGGGGGACUCUGGAAUGAAGAUUUUCUGUACAAAAUCCCAGACGACAUCUCGAAUGCAGAGGCAGCGCCGUUGAUGUGUGCCGGUAGUGCUGUCUUUUCGCCGCUGCGGAAGUUUAACAUUUCCCCGACAGACAGGGUGGGCGUGCUUGGAGUCGGAGGGCUGGGCCAUCUUGCUAUCCAAUUCGCAGCGAAGAUGGGGUGUGAGGUUGUUGUUUUAUCGUCGAGCCAGUCUAAGAAAGAAGAGGCGUUGGCAUUUGGCGCAAGCGAGUUUUAUACCCUCGAUUCAUCAACGAUCCAACCACUCGACCAUCUCCUCGUUACGUCCGCAAGUCAACCUAAUUGGAACACGGUCUUUGAGAUGAUGGCCCCGGGGGGUACGGUCUACGCACUCACAGUCGACAUGGGCAAAAUGCACCUCCCAUAUCUCCCGCUGGUGAUGAAAGGGCUUCGUAUCCAGGGUAGUUUACCUGCUGCGGGGGCGCGACAGAGGGAGAUGUUGCAGUUUGCGGCGCGUCAUUCCAUCAAGCCUGCUAUUAUGUCUUUUGCGAUGAGUAGGGAGGGAAUUGAGGAUGCGAUGGAGACACUUCGACGGGGUGGGAUGAGGUAUAGAGGGGUUUUGGCGAAUGGAACAGCAGAUUAA